AGAAGCAAGAAGAAGUUCAUAGUUUCCUCCGAGAAACACAGAGCGACAUUCUCAACAAACUAACUUACUCAUAACAACUCAAAAACCUACAAACCAAACCAUUCCAUAUCCCAUUUUUCCCUUUUUUUAUUUUAUAUUUUUAAAGAAAACUACCUUUCUUCCCUACUUUGGAAUCCCCUCCCCCCUGCAACAAAAACCUUUGCUCAUGGUUUAGUUUCAACUCCGUCCUUACAUUGGUGUUCUUUAACAGAUUUAAGGUGAAUUAUGGCAAUUAAAGGGAACUCCGGGGAGCUGAAAUCGAGGAGCUCGGCGUCGAUUUUCAUAGUGAUUGGUUUAUGUUGUUUCUUCUAUAUAUUAGGUGCUUGGCAACGAAGCGGUUUCGGCAAAGGCGACAAGAUCGCCUCGGCUAUCACUAAACAAACAGAUUGCAGCGUCAUUUCGAACCUUAACUACGAGACUCAUCAUGGUGAUGAUGUUGUGACGGCUGAUGGUUCAGACAAAGCAGCCAAAGAGUUCCCAUCAUGUCAUGCAAAGUAUGUCGAUUACACGCCUUGUCAAGAUCAAAUGAGGGCGAUGAAAUUUCCUCGAGACAAUAUGAUCUACCGGGAACGACAUUGUCCUACUGAAGAUGAGAAGCUGCAGUGCCUUAUCCCGGCUCCAAAAGGAUAUGCAACACCAUUUCCAUGGCCACAAAGUAGGGACUAUGUGCCAUUUGCGAACGCACCCUAUAAGAGCUUGACAGUCGAGAAAGCUGUACAAAACUGGAUUCAGUAUGAGGGAAAUGUGUUUAGGUUCCCAGGUGGAGGCACGCAAUUUCCGCAAGGAGCCGAUACGUAUAUUAAUCAACUUGCAUCAGCGAUUCCUAUAGACAAUGGUAUGGUGAGAACUGCAUUAGAUACAGGAUGUGGGGUUGCAAGUCUCGGUGCAUAUCUAUUCAAAAAGAAUGUUAUAACAAUGUCAUUUGCACCUAGAGAUUCUCAUGAAGCACAAGUUCAAUUUGCUCUUGAAAGAGGUGUGCCAGCUGUUAUCGGAGUUCUCGGAUCAAUAAAGAUGCCAUUUGCUACGAGAGCCUUUGACAUGGCUCAUUGUUCUCGUUGCUUGAUUCCAUGGGGCGAAAAUGAUGGAUUGUACAUGAUGGAAGUCGAUCGAGUUCUUAGACCAGGUGGUUAUUGGGUUCUUUCUGGUCCUCCUAUCAACUGGAGGACUUAUUUCGGAGCAUGGAAGCGUCCUAAAGAGGAUCUCGAAGAGGAACAAAGGAAAAUCGAAGAGAUUGCGAGACUCCUUUGCUGGGAAAAGCUGGAUGAGCUGGGUGACAUUGCGGUUUGGAAGAAAAGAACAAAUUACGAUUUAUGUCGCCAGCAAGAUACAAAACCGAAUCUAUGUGAACCAAGCUAUCCGGAUGAUGUCUGGUACAAGAAAAUGGAAGCAUGCGUAACUCCUUAUCCGAAGUCAACCAAGUCAUAUGAAGAAUGGAAGCCCUUUCCGGAUAGGCUUAAUGCUAUCCCUCCUAGAAUAUCGAGUGGAUCUGUUCCCGGAGUUUCUGUCGAUAUGUAUCAAGAGGAUAUUCAGAUAUGGGAGAAGCAUGUCAAAUCAUAUAAGAGUAUAAACAAUCUCAUCGACUCUGGGAGGUUUCGCAACAUCAUGGACAUGAAUGCCGGUCUAGGAAGUUUUGCUGCCGCUCUUGAUUCUCCAAAGCUGUGGGUCAUGAAUGUUAUGCCGACAAUAGCCGAAAAAGACACAUUGGGAGUUAUUUCCGACCGUGGAUUGAUCGGCAUAUAUCAUGACUGGUGUGAAGCUUUCUCUACGUAUCCUCGGACAUACGACCUCAUUCACGCAAACGGUAUCUUCAGUUUGUACAAGGAUAAAUGUAAAGCCGAAGACAUCCUUCUGGAGAUGGAUCGAAUUUUACGGCCUGAAGGGUCCGUCAUAAUCCGUGAUAACGUUAACGUGUUGGUCAAGGUAAAGAAAAUUGUGGGAGGAAUGAGAUGGGAUGCCAGAAUGGUGGAUCACGAGGACGGUCCUCUAGUAUCCGAAAAGGUACUAUUUGCGGUAAAAAAAUAUUGGGUUGUGGGAGAUAUUAUCACAGCACAUAACAAAAAGAAGAAGGUUAAAAAUUAAGCUUAUCUCGGAAGGUAACUAUUUCUAGUUACCACAAAGAAAUACGCAAUUCAGCAUUGUUUAUCAUUGAUUAGUUGAUGACACAUUUGGCAUUAUUGGAUCAGUUUAUCGUUUGAUAUCGUAAGAUUGUAAGAAAAAUAGCCAGGGAAAUGUGAA